AUGACCCUGACGCUUCUGUGUCUCUUCACAGAUAUGAAAUGGGAAGAGCAAUGCGAGCGGCCUUCAGAUGAGGAAGAAUGUCAAAGGGCCAUACCAGGUACUCAGUUUUUCCAUAUGGUAGCUAAGACAGCUGAAGUCCUCACACGUUGGAAAUUUGGAACGAAAUUCAAUUACCUUUACCAGUGUGAACAGUUCAAGAAAUCAGAGAAGAGAAAGAUUUUUAGCUUCAUGGGCAACACUGCUAGUCAAGACCCGAAGCAUGUGGGACAUAAUCCUUUUGUUUCUCUGGUGGAUGCUGGUCUGGAGAUAAACACGGCUUACCCACUGAUGCUGCGUGCAGAACGCAAAGUGGAUGUCAUCAUUUCUCUGGACUUUAGUGAAGGCGACUUGUUUGAGACCCUGGUCCAUGCCACAGAUUACGCAAAAGUCAAUUGUCUUCCUUUCCCUCCUGUGAAUAUCAAUAACAUGCUGUCAACUGACUGCUGCGUGUACAGCAACCCAGCGACUCCAACAGUUAUUCAUAUGCCGCUGGCAAAUUCAGCAAAUGCAAACGAAAUGAACAUGGCUGAAUUUCCCACCAAGAAAAUGAAAUAUAACAAGACAGAAAUUGCCAAGCUGUACAAGGAGGCUAAAAAUAACAUCACCCGGAACAAAACUAAAAUUCUGGAGGAAAUCAAGAAGAAGAUGCAUCCUCUAUAAUUUAAAAAGGCAAAACAGAGACAAUAACUGUAUAUGAACUCAUUUCAAGUCAGUUUGUAACGUACUACGCUGCACCCUGAAUUAACCUAGAAAGUCACUGGUUUUAUGGAACUCCGCAGAAAUAAUCAAAGAGCGUACAACUAACAUCACUUCUCUACUUACCACUAGUUUCACAGAAUUAUCCAUCCAUCCAUUAUCCAACCCGCUACAUCCUAACUACAGGGUCACGGGGGUCUGCUGGAGCCAAUCCCAGCCAACACAGGGCGCAAUGUAGGAAACAAACCCCGGUCAGAGCGCCAGCCCACCGCAGGGAUCACAGAAUUAACCAAACGAAAAAAAAAAUCUAAAAAUAGAAAUACAUUAAUUAUAAGGAAAAAUGCCAAAAUUACGAUCUAUUUAAUAACCCCUGCUCCCCUCCCACAUUGCAAUGUGUUUUUCCAAAUUACCUGUACAGAAAAUAAACACAGCACAAAACACACAAAUUGCAACAAUCAACAGGUACAAACUGGAAUUAUCCCCUAUAACG